AUGUACAAUCAUCCCGAUUUAAGAGUGCCGGAGACGUCUUCGCCAAGUCAUUUUCAACCCUACCAUCACCGUCCCAGCCUUUUCUGUCUUAACUUGUUGCCCAAGAUGCUGAACUUCGGGCUCUUUCUACUGACGGCGAUCCUCGCCGGCGACAAAGCUUGUGCCGCUGGGGUGACCGGCGCAGCUGAAGGCUUCGCCAAGGGCGUCACUGGCGGCGGCAGUGCAUCUCCCGUCUAUCCUUCGACCAAUGCCGAGCUUGUUAGCUACCUUGGCGACUCUUCUGCGCGUGUGAUCAUUCUCACAAAGACUUUUGAUUUCACCGGCACCGAAGGCACGACCUCUGCAACUGGGUGCGCCCCUUACGGCACGGCAUCUGGCUGCCAGACUGCCAUCAACCAGAACAAUUGGUGUACAGAGUAUCAACCAAACGCACCAAGUGUUUCAGUCAAGUACGAUAAUGCUGCAAUUUCCGCGAUCACUGUCAAGUCGAACAAAUCCCUUGUCGGCUCUGGCAGCUCCGGAAUCAUCAAAGGAAAGGGCUUAAAGAUUGUCAGCGGUGCCAGCAAUAUUAUUAUUCAGAAUGUGCAUAUUACAAACCUCAACCCUCAAUACGUCUGGGGUGGUGAUGCCAUCACCUUGAACGGUGCUGACCUUGUCUGGAUUGAUCACGUCAAGACCUCUCUCAUCGGUCGUCAGCACAUAGUCUUGGGUUACGAGGCUUCCAACCGCGUCACCAUCUCCAACACCGAAAUCGAUGGCUCAACCUCCUGGUCCGCUACCUGUGACGGGCACCACUACUGGGGCCUCUACUUCACCGGCUCCAACGACCUGAUCACCCUCAAGGGUAACUACAUCCACCACACCUCGGGACGGUCCCCGAAGGUGGGCGGCAACACGCUCCUCCACGCGGUCAACAACUACUGGUAUGCCAACUCGGGCCACGCCUUCGAGGUUGAUGCCGGCUCAAUGGUGGUGGUCGAGGGCUCCGUGUUCCAAAAUGUCGUCGCCGAGGUCGAGGCGAGCAGCUUCAAGGGAAAGAUGUUCAACAGCCCGGACACCACCAGCAACGCGGCGUGCGCCUCAUACCUGGGCCACAACUGCCAGCUGAACGCCUUCGGGAGCAGCACCGGGUACAGCGCCAAAGACACGUCUUUCUUCUCCAACUUCCAGGGCAAGAACAUUGCCAGCGCGAGCACGGCGUCUUCGGCCCAGUCGAGUGUGCCGAACUCGGCUGGCAUUGGAAAGAUCUGA